GGAGCAGUAGGCCACUUCACUUCGAAUAGACAACAGAAACGGAUCGCUGGACAUAAGUCGAAUCGAACUUGUAUAUAUAUAUAUAUGUAACUUUUCUGUGUAUAUCUGCACAUACAAAUACACAUUGGCAAACAUAAGUCGAAUCAGUGAGUAUGCGGCAGUCAGGCUCAGUUAAAAUAGCAAGCUCACCUCUGGGCAAAACCAGCAGUCCCUCACUAUCACGUAAAGCAUUCGAUGGGGCAACAAAUGCGUCAGGAAAAGCAUUCCCAGAAGUGCCCAAACGGCCAGAUAAAAGUAAAUAUACCAGUAAUCUAGCUAAAGGAGGUGGCGCGGUGACCAAUAUAGUUGUACCUCAGAAGAAUACAGUGAUAGAGGAAACACUUCCGAAGAUCGAUUGUAAUACUGAAACUCAAAAGGUAGCUGGCGGUGGAGCGGAUCUAGUUGCUAGUGGCGUGGAUGACAGCAGGACAGCUGCUAAGGAACUCCCGGAACCACAUAACUUUGUAUUCAUAGAGGAUUAUCAGUCACCUCUAGUGUUAUCCACACUACAAAGACGUUCAAGCGGUACAGAAUCAAUAGAAUCCAAACAGGAGAAAAGGGCGGCCAAAAAAGAUCGACAUAAAUUUGCCCGUAAAUUCGGCAGUCUAUUCCAAGAUAACGUGGAUAGGGGACUGAUUGAAGCCAAACUAAUCAAGAAUGGGUCAUUACAAUCAUCGACUUCUUCUAAAAAGACAGAUAACAUACUGCAGAGCACAUUCAGGAACGUCGCAAGACGAAAUACGGCUAAGGUA